ACUAAUUAUAAUAUCACAAAAGCUUUUACACAUUUUCUGUCCACUUCACUUCCACAAAUUAUAAAUGAAGGUUGGAGACAACUGUACAAAAAAAGAAUGUAAAACUGAUAUGCACCCUCUUUGAUAUGUAAAUAUGUAAUUUCUUUUUAUAAUCAUGCAUUAGAGAUGUAUAAGCAUUAAUUUCUUAAAAGUCAACUGUCUUAGUGGCCUAAGACGAGAUUAUAAAAGAUUUACGUUCAGUGAAUCCUACUUUCUACCCCUCUAAUUUGGUUUCUCAACGAUCCAACUCUCUACACAUUCCUGAAUGGCAGCUGAAACCAAGAUUGUGGAAACUUCAAUACAACAGAAGCUUAGUUGGUUGCCUAAAUCUAAAAGCAAAGAUUACCGUGUUUUUAAGGUACCUGAACACCUUCGCAAGGUAAAUAGAGAAUGUUAUGAGCCUUCAGUUGUUUCAAUUGGUCCGAUUUACUACAAAAAGAAGUCCUUAAAAUGUUCACAAGAGUUAAAACUGAGGCAUCUCGAAAGCUUUCUUGAACUUGGAGAUCGGAUACAUGGAGACGGAGCUUAUAGCUUAGGCGAUUUCAUUGAUUUUCUGAAGAGGUUGGAGGGCGAUGCUCGUUCGUUCUAUGAAGAUAAUAUAAGUCUUUCGAGCAACGAAUUCGUCGAGAUGUUGAUGGUCGAUGUUGCAUUCAUCAUCUACCAUAUUAUGUUGCGUAGUCCUCGUUUUCCACCUAGAGAAGAUCCUAUGGAAAAAAUGAUGGCAUGGGCAGGGAAGGUGGAACAAGAUUUGUUUCUUGCAGACAACCAACUCCCUUUUUUUCUUCUCAAUGACUUAUACCUCAUGGCAUUUGGUAAUGUUCGCACUCGUAUUUCCUUUAGAAAGCUUACUUGUAAUUUCAUAGGUGGAACUUAUAUUCCUGGAUGUGCGGCUGCAUGUACAGUAGGUAGAGAUAAAGUAAAGGAUGCAUUAGAUAUUAAGGAUCUCGUCGAUUUAUUAAGAAUUUGUUGCUUACCUUCCGAGCUUCGACACAAUCAAACCGAAGAAAGCAAUGAGAACAUGCUAUGUUACUCAUCAAUCAAACGUAGUAGUCAUGACCAAAACCAAGCAAACAAAGCAGACCAAUUCUGUUGCUUACCUUUCAAACAUUGUCAUGACAAAACCUCGAAAAACAAUGAACCGAGACUUUGCUGCUUACCUCUUAAACAUAGUCAUGGCCAUAGUCCAGCAAACAAUAAAGAGAGACAGUGUUGGUGCUUACAUCUCAAAUGUAGUCAUAUCAAAAUCCGGAAAAAAUUGAAUUAAGGAUAUGUUGCUUACCUCUUAAAAGCCAAGGCCGAAACCUUAAAGAUGACGAAGAGUCUCAAUUUCCUCCAACCGCGAAAGUGCUCAAGGCCACUGGAGUAAAAUUUCUCGCAACAGACAGUGAGAAUUUACUAGAAAUCAAAUAUACGAACAGAAUAUUACAGAUUCCUACAUUAAUAUUUCAAGACACCACGGAAGCUAUUCUUCGCAGCCUCAUAUUUUCUGAACAAUGUCACCAUUAUGAAGAUUCAUAUUUUACUGAUUAUGUAUUCUUCCUUGACGCAUUAAUCGAUACUCCAGAAGAUGUACAUGUACUAGUUCAACAUGGAAUCAUCAAGCAUUGCCUUGGUAGUGAUGACGAGGUGGCAACUAUCAUAAACAGAAUCACUAGAAACAUUAUGUUAAACACUCCCAAUUUCUACUAUUCUCAAGUUAGUCGGGAUUUGCAUGCGCAUGCUACCUCCAGGUUGAAUAAAUGGCGUGCCAUAUUGAAGAGAGAGUACUUCAAUCAUCCUUGGUCAACCCUUUAUGUGGUCUAUUUGGUGGUUCUUCUUGUUCUCACUGUGUUACAGGUUUAUACUGGUUUUAAAGGAUAGCUGUUAUUGUACUAUUGUUGUAGAUGGAAAUGAUUAAUUGUUAAUGUAUUACUUUAUAUUCUUACUCCCUCACAGCCAUAAAUUUAUGUGUAAUUCUAAAAAGAAAUUCUCAUUGAAUACUUUAUAUUCUUACUCCCUCACCGCCAUAAAUUUAUGUGUAAUUCUAAAAAGAAAGUCUCAUUGAAUAUAUAUCCUUUAUUGAAGAGCAUGUUCAUUAUU